ACGGCGGCGUCCGGCCAGAAGCGCGAGUGGAGUGUGAGGCGGGCGCGUCGCCUUCUCCCCGGCGGGUUGCUAGUGUGUGGGGAGCCCAGCCCGCCGCGGGGCCGGGCCCGUGCGGGCCUCCGCCAGUCGCGGGGCCGCGCCAGGCCGCCGCCGCCUCACCCCGCUUCUCCGCUGAGGCGCCGGGCGGCCGGGCGGCCGGGCGGGGGAUCCAGGCCUGAGCCGGCGCUGGGGCCUCCGGGGCCCUGCCGGGCGCAGUAUGCCCGGGGUGAAGCUGACCACCCAGGCUUACUGCAAGAUGGUGCUGCACGGCGCCAAGUACCCGCACUGCGCCGUCAACGGACUGCUGGUGGCCGAGAAGCAGAAGCCCCGCAAGGAGCACCUCCCCCUGGGCGGCCCCGGGGCCCCCCACACCCUCUUCGUGGACUGUAUCCCCCUCUUCCACGGCACCCUGGCCCUCGCCCCGAUGCUGGAGGUGGCCCUCACCCUGAUUGAUUCAUGGUGCAAAGAUAAUAGCUAUGUGAUCGCCGGUUAUUACCAAGCUAACGAACGAGUCAAGGAUGCCAGUCCGAACCAGGUUGCAGAGAAGGUGGCCUCCAGAAUCGCCGAGGGCUUCGGCGAUACCGCCCUCGUCAUGGUGGACAACACCAAGUUCACGAUGGACUGCGUGGUUCCCACGAUCCACGUGUACGAGCACCAUGAAAACAAGUGGCGGUGCAGAGACCCACACUAUGAUUACUGUGAAGACUGGCCAGAGGCCCAGAGGAUCUCCGCGUCGCUCCUGGACAGCCGGUCGUACGAAACACUUGUGGAUUUCGAUAACCACCUAGAUGACAUUCGGAAUGACUGGACAAACCCGGAGAUCAAUAAAGCUGUCCUGCACCUGUGCUAGGGAGGGGUGUUAGUGACUGCUGUCUGGCUACGUCCACUGCACGGAAGAAGAAAGCUAUUUUUCAGUGUAAAUAACAUCUCUCCCAUAGCCCGUGUGGAGAGCUGGCCGUUCUCAGAGGUGGCACGUGUCCUGACAGAGGGCAGGAUGUCCAUCUGCCGGCUUUUUAAUGCAGUCGCUAGAAGAGGGGUGCAGACUGUCCCAUCCGACUGCCCCUGUGGAGUCCUUCCCAGUUGUAUGUUGCUCUAAUCCUCCAAGUCAAAGCUGUUUCUGCCUGUCCAAGAUUGUUCCUAUUAAACAGUUUUAACCUUU